AUGCGGUUCUUCAUCCGUGCUCUUUCUCUUGCUGUAGCUGCGGCAUCGCUUCUUGCUCAUGCGGCACCUAUUGCGACUCGCUCUACCGAGGAUUUGAUCGCGGGCCGAUAUAUCGUACAGCUCAAGCCGGACGUGGACGUCGCAUCAUUUACCGCUCAUCGCGAGCAGGUUCGUAGUAUAGUAGCUCGCCAUCUUGGUCUUGGACGACGGAAUGACAUCGACCUGAACGCAGGCAUCGACCAGGAGUACGACUUGGGAGACUUCAAGGGCUAUGCGGGAGCAUUCGACCCAGCCGUGGUUGCUGAAUUGGAGGCAAUGGAUGAUGUUUUCCUCGUCGAGAAAGACUUCCUAAUGUAUCCUACGGCUCUCAUAACGCAAACCAACGCACCAUGGGGUCUCGCAAGCGUCUCCUCUAGGACCAGAGGAGCAACUAGUUAUGUAUACGAUUCGACAGCUGGCAACAACACCUACUCGUAUGUGCUUGACAGCGGUAUCAGAACAACCCAUGUCGAGUUCGAAGGCCGCGCAUCUUGGGGCUAUAAUGCAGCCAACAGCAAUAACGCCGAUGUCUCCGGCCAUGGCACCCACGUAGCUGGUGUAAUUGGUUCAAAAACCUACGGCGUCGCCAAGAAGACAAAUCUUGUUGCGGUCAAAGUAAUAGGCGACGAUAACGUCGCAGCUGGCUCCAGUGUGCUGGCCGGCUUGAAUUGGGCAACAAACGAUAUCGUCACCAAUAGCCGACUGGGUUCAGCCGUGGUGAACUUGUCGCUCGGUGGGCCGGCCUCCUCAUCCAUGGACAACGCCGUCAACUCAUUGGCGAACCGAGGUAUAUUGCCUAUCGUCGCUGCAGGAAACGAAAACCAGCCGGCCGCAAAUGUAUCGCCAGCUCGUGCUGCCAACGCUCUGUGCGUAGGAAGCGUUCAAUCGAACGAUGCUCGUUCUUCGACAUCAAAUUACGGGUCUGCCGUAGAUAUCUGGGCUCCUGGUGGUGACAUCAUGUCUACCUGGCACACUUCAGAUACAGCCACGUUAACAGCGAGUGGUACCUCCGCGUCAGCACCAUUUGUGGCUGGCAUAGUGUCUUAUAUGCGAGGUCUCGAAGGACAGUCGAUUGGUCCGGUCGCCAGGGCAAGAGUUCUGGCUUUGGGUACUCCAAACCGCCUUACGGAUGUAGCAGGCGCGCCUAACCUGUUGGCUUACAAUGGAAGAACUUAG